UACCUAUCAUUUGUUUUCUUUUGUAACAACAAUCACAAGUUAAUUUGUAAAAAUAAAUUAUAAUUCAGUAUUAGAAAUAUGAAAAAUAAGAAAGUCAUUUGUGGAAGUUAAAUAAAUUUAUUGUAUUUCUUAUUUGAAUUUUUAAGUAGAAGAGUGGCUUUUAAUUAAUCUGACGAAAUAAUUAAUUCAGUAUAAGUUUAAAUUCUUCUUCAAGUCCAGUUGGUUGAAGAAAAACAAAAUGUUUCAUCCGGAAUUAUAUUCACUCAUAACGAAAAAAAGUGAACUGUAUUUAGCAUCUUCAUUAUACGAUGGACUAGAAGAUAAUAAUAUAAACCAAGUAAAAGCUCUGCUAAAAGAUAAAGAAGCUGAUCCAAAUGUUUUAAUUCCAUCUUAUGGUAUCUCGCCAUUUCAUCUGGUGAUUGGUAAUGAGUCUGAAGCAUUCGCUGAAGAAGUUACCAAACUAUUUUUACGUCAUGGAGGUGAUCCGAAUGUUAAAUCAACUGAUGGAAUGACACCAGUCCACGUAGCCGCUGCUUGGGGACGUGUGCGAGUAUUAGAAUUACUGCUUGCCAACGGUGGGGAUCCAUUGUCUACUGACGAUGACGGUCAUACUCCAUUUCACUAUGCGUUUGAAGGCUCGUAUUUCGAAGCUAUUAUUGUCUUGGCAAAAUAUUCAAGUAAAACUCAAGAUGACAAUUACGAUGAUGACAAUAAUGAUGACAGUAAUAGCGAUAAUGAGAAGCCUAAAGUUCAAAUCACACUUGAAAAAAUUUUUAUAAAUCGUGGUAACGUAGUAGCUGAGUAUGUGCCAUCGGAAAUUGAUUUAACGAGUAAUACUUUUGAUGAGAGUAAACAAAAUAUUAAAAGAUUGAAUGAUUUAUAUAAAUCUGACAGUUCUUUUAGUUGUAAUUUACCGGCUGAUAAUUUUUCAAUGCAAAAAAAAUAUUCGAAUACAACUGAUGAAAAUUAUUUUAAUCUUUUUCCUAAUAAUAAUAUAACACUUCGUCGACGUCAACGAGCUUAUGAUGAUAAUAAUAAUAAUAGUAAUGGCACCAAUAGAAACGCUAUAUCACCAAUACUGCAUGAUGAAAUAGUAUCAGAGUUGAAGUCCGGAUUUAUUAGAGACGAAAAAAAACUGGUUAAAAAAAUAAUAAGGAGACUUUCUGAUUCAUUUGAAAAAACUUGUGGUUCAUUAAACAAUAAAAAAUGGAGUGACGAAAUUAAAAAUUGUAAGCAUACUAAAAAAUAUGUAAGUUUACUUCCUCAACCUAAAAUAUUUAAAAAUAAUUUAGAGUGUAUGAAAAAGAAAACAUAUGAGGCAUUACUUGAUACAUCGAUCGUCAGUAAGUCACCAAAUUUUCAUAUUAAUGUUAAUGUAAAUAAAAAUAAUAUAAUAAAUAGAUCGAAAUCAUUGGAAAAGGAAAAUUCAUCAAACGAAACCUCGUUAACUCAACCAUCGGAUAAUAAUUUAUGUGUUAAAAGUGCCAGUUCAACGCCAAGAAGAAAGUUUAAACGCAAACAAUAUAAAUCUAAAGGAAAAGAAUAUUUUAAUAGUAAUAUUAUUGAUAAGAAUUCAUCGAAUUCGACUUACAGCGAUGAUUGUGAUACAUCGUCUUCUUCGCAAAAUAAUGAAAGUAAAUCAGAUAUUGAUGAUGGAUCUUUACUGAAAGAUGUCGCUAGAAAUUUAAAUGAUUCUUAUGACGACGAUUAUGAUAAAGAAUACUCGGAAUUAAUGAGCAAUGACAAUUUAAUAAGAAGUAAAGCUGAUAAAUUUAAUGUUGACGGUAAAAAAAUAUUGGGAAUCAAUAAAAUAAAAUCUAGUUCAUCUUCCAAAGGAUCUCAUCUACUUCUUCCACCUGGUAGACUAAAAAAUAAAGUGAGAGAUAAAAUUGCUGACGAAAAAAAUAAUGAAGAAACUAAAUCAGAUGUUUCUUUUAAUGAAAAAAUAAAAUCUAUUCUUGAUAGUCCAGGAUCUUCAACACCGACGUCAAAUUAUUUGUCAAUAAAAUCCGAACUUAGCAAAGAAGAAGAACUUGAGCUGCUUUAUGAAAUAAAUAAUAUUUACCAAGGUAAUAAAACACCACCUGCUUCAAUCUCGAAGAGAUCCGACGAGUCUUGGUCCAGUGAGGAGCCAACAACAUUAUCAGAUCAUUUUAUGGAUUCGCUUUUAAUUUACAAACCAUCUAUUGACACGACUAAUGAGUGCGAUGAUUUUUAUCCAAACAAAAAAAAUAAUGACAGUAUUAGUAAAAUAAAAGUUGAAGACAAAAUGGAAAGUAGUGAUACUGGAACUUACGAAACUCCAUAUAGAUCUUUUAGUUCUUCAUCAUGCGAUGAUUCAUUUGUUACUGUUGAAGAGCAAUAUCAUUACAUUGAUCCUGAAAAAAAGAAAGCUUUCUUAGAACGUCGGUUAUGUGUUUUACCAAAACUUGACGUGUCUGAUAAAUGUAGAAGUGGAUCCAGUUGGCUCGAUGAAAUGCCUGAAAAUAAUGAUAAUUAUCCAUCAAAAGUUGUGUAUAAACCGAUGCAAGGUAAAAAAAUUCUCACAAAUUGUGACCUUCGCAAUCGUUUAAUUUUGCUGGGAGAGCAACCUGGACCAAUAACAUCAACAACUUACCAUGUGUAUUUAAAAAGACUGACAAAAUUAGAAAAAGAUGUUGAUUUAAACGCUCGUAUGCAAAAGUUGUCACUCCAACAUGAGCGAACACUUUCUCCUUUAAUUGAAACCGCAUUACCAGACCCUUGGGCAUGUAAUCUUCAACCUUUCCAAGAUCUUGAGGAUCGAGUAUUCAAAGAAUUUGAGACACCGAAACCUAAUAGAAGAUACCGCGGUGGUAUUUCUAAAUCAUACUUCAAUUAUAUUCUCCUGGAUCCGCGGAUUACAAAUAAUCUACCGCGAAACGGCCGUAAUUUAUCAGCAGGACAACGCUGGAAUAUAUUUCUCAAAGCUAUUUUUUAUAUCGGCAAAGGCAAAGCAACGCGACCAGCAGCUCACCUAUAUGACGCAUUCGAUUAUUGGUUCAAAAAUAAGUCUGGUGAACCCUCUAGUAAAAUUCGUAAAAUAUUAGACAUUUGGCGGGAUUCAAGAGGAGUUAUUUGUCUACAUGUCUAUAUGAAUCGCAUGCAAGAAGAAGCUUUUACUCGCGAGGCAGCAAUGAUUGACGCUAUAGGUCUUGAUAAAUUGACUAAUUGCGUUCGUGGAAAUUACUAUGGUAUUAUUACGACAAUGGGUAAUUUGGAUAAAGUCGGUGUUGGCAAUUAUUUACUUUAUAAAGCUAUGGAAAUAUUUAUGUACGAGGGCGAACGACAAUUAUUUCCACAAAGUAUUACAUAGAUUUUUAAAAAAAUAUUAUUGUAAGUAAAAAAAAAAGUUUAUCUAAAAUUUUUUAUAUUUUUAUGGAAUAUGAGUUUAAAAUAUUUUAAAGUUAUAAAAAAUAAUAAAAUAUUAAUUGAAAGUUAUAAAUAUGGGAAUAAGUACGAAUAUGAAAGAUAUUAAUUUAAAAAAUAUGAUAGUAAAGUUAGUGGACAUCUGACAAUUUUUGAAAUAAUAAAUU